UCUGGUCGGCGGUUCGUUCGCCAUCUCAAGUGUCGUGUGUGUACCUGUGUGUAUCUGUGCGUGCGUCUGUUGCGCACUUGUAUCCGAAUCGGUGCGGCUUUGUGGAUUGUGAAAUGGCCAACAGGCGGCACGCGUGCCUCUGAGUUUUCCCCCAUCAUUUUCUUGAACUUGCUCCAAAAAAUUGGUAGGCAUUUGGCAAUCAAUUGUUUGUCUAGCCGAUUUCCUCUGCGUCGGUGUGCUUGUAUUCUCUUGGCCUCCAAUUAAAGCCAAAUGAUUCACAAAGCGGCUUUUUUCAUUCACAAAAAAUGCGUGACACACUUUCGGUUAGCUUAUGAUUUAUGCCAUGCUUGUCACAUUAAUAACAACCGAAAAAUGUUUUAAGCAAGCUAAGAAAAUCUCCUAGAUUCUCCGAAAACAUUUCCACAUUUUUCAAGUGUCGGUUGUAAAGUCUAAAAAAAUUACAAAAAGUGUAAAACCAUUAAUUACAAGACCUCUAAUUAAUUAAGGCAGUCGCAGCUAAUUUGAAAUUAAUCGAAAAAUACUUUAACAAGCACAGUUUGGAAAAGAGGGAUCCCAAAAAAUAAACGAAAACGAGUGUAAGGAAAUUAAUUAAAAAGCCGCAAUCAAUUAAAAGCCUAAGGAAUAAAGUAAUUAAACAAAAUGCAGUUAAAUACCCUGCAUCUUGCCCUAAUUUUUCUAAUUGCCCUGGCCAAUCUCCAGAAUAAUGGCCGGCAGAAGGUGUUGUCUGAUGACUUCGGACCAGAACGUGAUAAAAGUUCAGCCAGAACGCAGGAGGAUUUGCGGCUGAGACACAAGCAACAUCAUCUGCGGCAGCAGGAACAUCAGAUGGCGUGGGAGCAGCAAUUGCAACUGCAACUGCAGCAGCAUCUGCAAGAAGAGCCGCAGAGCCGACCAGUGCGUCAUCAUCAGCAUAAAUCUCAGCCUAUGGAGUUGGCUAAGGAGCCCAUUAGACAGACAGCGAGUUUCGGCGAUGACAAGGCCAAGACUUUGGUUAGGCGCAGAUCCCACUACAACGAGUACGAGAACGAAGAUCUCGAGUUGCACACCAUUCAAACCGGCGAUGAGGGGCGCUUCUCCCCGCGGCAAUGGCAACAGAUCGAAAUUGCACAUCGGCGGAUGAAGGAGCAACAUCAAUUGCAGUUGCUGGCGGAGCGACAACAGCAGCAACCACUGCUGACAACGACAACGACAACGAAGACGUCGACAACGAAACCCAAUGAUACCAAAUCGGAGGAUAAUAAUGUAAGUGCGGCUAAGACAUUAGAAGACAACGGCGACCAAGAUGUGAACAACAUCUACGCACGCAACUACAUAGCCGGCAAGUUAAUCCAGAAGAAGGACGAGCAGCUGGGAACCCCCGAGGCGGCACUCCGGGCGAGACGACUCCACGCUCAGAAGCAGAAAAACGAGAGAGAACUGGCCCACGCCCACAUGAACCAGGUGCUGAAGGAGGCCACUUGCCGCGUGCCCCAGAAACGCUGCCAGCUGGUGCAGCAGGAUCCCUCGAAGAUCUACACGCCCCACUGCACCAUCCUGCACCGCUGCAGCGAGGACAGUGGCUGUUGCCCGAGCAGGAGCCAGAUAUGUGCCGCCAAAAGCACCCACAACGUUGAGCUUCACUUCUUCGAAAUCAUGGAUGUUGAGCAUCACUGGCAGUACACCGACGCUGAGCUGGCCCGUAUAAACCAACCGCUGUCGGCAUUCGCCUCCGGCAGCUCGUCCUCAUCCUCGUCGUCCGCCGCAUCCUCGGGCGCCCACGCACAGCCGCAGCUGACCAAUCCACUCCUGGCCAGUGCCGGCCUCUCGUCCAAUGGCGAGAACGCCAACCCCGAUCUAAUCGCCCAUCUCUGCAACGUGGCCGAUCACCGCCUCUACAAGAUCGUCAAGUGGUGCAAGAGCCUGCCGCUUUUCAAGAAUAUUUCGAUCGAUGACCAGAUAUGCCUGCUCAUUAAUUCGUGGUGCGAACUGUUGCUCUUCUCCUGCUGUUUUCGAUCAAUCGACACUCCCGGCGAGAUUAAAAUGUCACAAGGCAGGAAGAUAACCCUAUCGCAGGCCAAGUCAAAUGGCUUGCAGACCUGCAUUGAAAGGAUGCUCAAUCUGACGGAUCACCUGAGGCGAUUACGCGUUGAUCGCUAUGAAUAUGUUGCCAUGAAGGUGAUAGUGCUGCUGCAGUCGGAUACGACGGAGUUGCAGGAGGCGGUGAAGGUGCGAGAGUGCCAGGAAAAGGCGUUGCAGAGCUUGCAGGCGUACACCCUGGCCCACUACCCCGACACGCCGUCAAAGUUUGGGGAACUACUGCUGCGUAUUCCUGACCUGCAGCGAACAUGUCAGCUGGGCAAGGAGAUGCUGACGAUCAAGACUCGGGAUGGCGCGGAUUUCAAUUUGCUAAUGGAGCUCUUGCGCGGGGAGCAUUGACAAUUGAUUACAGAGAUAGAAAUCUGCUGCCGUUGGCAAAACAAGUUUUACAUAUUUAGUAUUAGAUACAUAUAUUUUGGAGAUAAGUUCUUUAGUUGUAAGCUCUGAAAACAUGUGCCUAAAAACCAAAGCCACGAUAGCAGCCACAUCAGGCCCACUGGUCGAGAUUGAAUCUAAGCGCAAGAUUGCCAAAUUUUUACACCAAUAUAUAUUUUGAUAUAAGCCAUGUGCAGGGCCCUAGAUUGCUGUUGUUGUUGGCUAGAGUUUCAGUAAGAAAAGUAUAUAUUGAUUUUGCUAUAUAUACAUAUUUGACUUAUGUAUAGUGUAAACUAAAGCACACAUGGAAAAUGAAAAGACUAAAAAAAUUUAUUUAAAAAAUUACUUUUACUAUUACGAAAGGAUAAAAACGAAAAGGCAUAAAAAACACAAAGGCAUAAAAGUAAAUUUAGUAACAUCAGCUAGCGACAUUUUUAUACCUACCUACAUAACGGAAAUUAUUCAAUGUAUUUUUAAUGAAUGCCAAAACCAAUUCGGUUUGAAGGAGAGCUGCUGAAAUUUUCGAUAAUAUCUCUAUAUAUAUUCAUUAUUAGCAAACAGAUAAUGAAAUCCCAUUUUUAAAUGUUGUAGCAUUUAGUUUUAGUGCAAUUUCACCCAUGUCUACAUAUAUUAAAUAUAUAUCUUCAACCAGAUAUCUAUGUUCGCAAACCUUAUACAACAAAAGACCACUCGAAAUCGCCAUCCUGGUUGGCUAAGACUAUUCCAGUUAUGCUGAUUGUUGCAUAAAAAAAAACACAAGUACAUACAUAAAUCAAAUGUAUCAUUUUAUACUUGAGGUUAAGUUUUGUAUUAAUUUCUGUUUUAUAAUUAUUUUUAUUAUGUAAAUCUUACUUAAAUAGCUGAAGCAAAUCCUGCAACAGGAUUCAAAACACGUAAAUACACAAAACAAUAUAAAAAAUCA